UUUCAUAAAACACCAACCAACUUAGAUGGAUUUUAAUAUUUCCAUAUUUAUUUUAAAAGGUCUCCUCCUUCUGCUGCUGAAUCCUUUUUGCUCGGCUCAAAGUGGUUACCAAUAUGGACGAAAUGAUUUAAAUGCUGGUGUACCUGCCACUGUGGCCUCACCGCUUCGACCUUUGACUGGGGGCUUUGGUGCAGCAUCCACUGCAGCGGCGGCCUUUCCCACCGCUGCUACGGCAUUUGGACCGGGUACGACCAUACCAUCCGGGCCCUUUGGUGGUUUCGGCACAACAGGGCAAAAUCAACGCGGUAUUGGUGGCCUAACGCCCACAGCUCAGACAGCAUUUGGAGCGGCGGCAACAAAUAUUCCAAAACGUCCCAACAUUGCACAGCGUCCCUCGCCGAGUGGUGGCACCAGUCCCGGUGGUAUUUAUGGACAAACACAGUUUGGUGGUAGCGCCACUGGAAGAGGCGCUGCAGCCUCUCCCACCGGUGCUUCUGGCCUCGGAGAUGAUUAUGAUGGCGAUUAUUCCGCCAUACCCGGUGUUCCCGGUGUUGACUAUCCCAUCUAUAGUCAAGUUCCGCAAACGAAUUUCGAUUGUGCCCAACAGGCAUUGCCAGGCUAUUACUCCGACAUAGAGGCCCAAUGUCAGGUCUUUCACAUUUGUGCCCUGAAUCGUACCUAUUCUUUCCUCUGUCCUAAUGGUACCAUUUUCAGUCAAGAGGUAUUGGUGUGUGUCUGGUGGAACCAGUAUGACUGUGCCUCGGCACCCAGCCUAUAUGCCAAUAAUGCGUUUAUCUAUGAUUACGGUAACGAGCGGAUACCCACAAAUGCUGGCUAUCAGCCGUCUGGUAAUCAACAGCAAUUGGCCAGGGGACAAACGGGUAUUCUGGCCGGCAAUGCAGGACGUCCAACGGCAGCGGGUUCGAGUAAUAUCUUCAAUCCACAACGUUUACAGCCGGGUGUGACAGGUGGAGGUGGUGGUGGCGUGUCGGUCCAACCCUCAGCCAUAGGUGCGGUACAAAAUACUUUUGGUGGUGGUUCUACAAAUGCGGGACGUUUUGGUGCGGCUGGACAAACUGCUGGGGGACAAACAUUUCCCGCCACACCCACACCCUUUGGCUCAGUCUUACGUUCCGGCAGUACCACAGGAGGUGGUGGUGGCGGAGGCGGAGGAAGAAACAGCGGCGGUGUUGCCAAUCCCAGUGCCGUUGGCGGAGGACCAACAGCUGGCGGUGGCAACUUUAAUGCCAAUGUUGGAGAAACUGCCUUUGGAAAUGCUGCAAUUGCUACUCCAACAACUAAAAAUAGAGAAUAUUUGCCACCACCUGCUCGGCGCCAGUAAAGUAGUAGCAGUAGAUGUUCAGGCAGACAACUAGAUAAUGUAGAUAUUCUCCCUUUCCCAUUCUGCGAUGUGAUCUUAGGCACCUGUACCCGGUUUAAAUGUCUAUCCGACUUCCUGUAAAAAUGAAUUUAUUAGGUUAGUGAAAUAUGUUCGUGUGUAAAUUGUAGUUAGUUUUAAAUGAAAUAUCAUAUCAUUACCUUGAAGCAAUUUUCUCUCUCCAGUAGGCAUGCCUGUCUCUCUCCCUCUCUUUGUCUUUGUUUUUCAUUCUCUGUG